UUUUCGAGCAUUCCAGGUUUUACGGGCUGGGUGUGGGUGUCAGAAAUUGAAGUAACUAACGAAUCCCCAAUUCUUAAGGUUAAUGCCUUGCGAGACACAACAGCUGAGGUUUACAUGUAUUCCAAGGGAAUGAGUACAAAUGAUCGAGCAUCCCUGUUAUCUGCUCUCAGUUACGAGUUAAGGAGAUGUUGGUUCUCUCCCUGGUGCUCUCCUUCUCAGAUCAACAUGUUCAACCUCAUGAGCAAUUGCUGUAGCUGGGUCUCCAAACUCCAGCAACCACUGAGGAAAAUCACGGUUCUAGUAGUUGGCUUGGACAAAGCUGGAAAAACAUCUUGUGUCGGUGGGAUGUUAAGAGUGCCCCCUGGAGAUCUAGGUCGCACUCAUGGAUGUGUCCACACUGAAUUAAGAGUGGAAAACUACUUGGUUGACAUACUGGAUAUGGGAGGGGCUCCUGAGGCACGGGGGUCCUGGAGAGAGCAUUACAGUGAAGCUCACGGCAUCGUCUUUGUGGUGGAUUCCAGUGAUAGACAACGAAUGAAAGAGGUCAGAGAAGCUCUGGUGGACUUACUGAAGCAUCCAAGAGUAGCUGGAAAACCUCUUCUUGUGCUGGCAAAUAAACAGGACAAAAUGAAUGCUCUUCUGGGAAAUGAACUCAUUGAAAUUCUCUCCCUAGAGAGUCUGGUCAACCAGAGCCGUUCCCUUUGCCACAUUGAGCCAUGUUCUGCAUCAAUGGACCUGCGUCGCUGGUCGGACAGAAAGACCCUGCGAGGUCUCAGAUGGCUACUGCGAGCUGUGUGCCUGGACUACCCUGACCUCUGUGCCCGUGUGACGAGAGAUGGAAGGCGACCAUUAGAGCCAGAAGAAAAAGAAAGGAGAGGGAAAACAGAGAAGAGCCGGAACAAGUCUAAAGAGGAAAAAACACGUACAAGCAAAACCGAUAUCCGUCAAGAACAGCAAAAUGAAAUUGUGAGGGAAAAUGGUACUCUUCAUCCAAUCAAAAAUAUUCUAAAUAAGGAGAACUCUUUAAAAAAGAAAAUAAGCAAGAAGAAGAAAGUGAAGGUUAAAAUUAGGAAGGACAGUCCAAGCAGAGGAGUAAAUAAACAAGAGGUUGAGAAAACCGAAAGAAAUAAAGCCGAUCAUGACCACAACAGCCAGAAAGAUAAAGCCAGCAAUGCAUUACUGCCUCCCAAACAAAGGAAAACGAAACACAAAGCCAAAGUAAAAGAGGAGAACUCUGGUCUACCAGAGUCCCCCAACAGUGAGGUCUCCAAACCCUCUAGAGAGGAAAUAAAGAGAAAAAAGAAGAUGGUUAAAGUGAAACGUAAGAACAAGAUAAACACAGAGGAAGUUCCAGCAGCUUAUACACAGCCUGUUGAUCUUUCAACUACUUUCGACCUUUACCGAAAAGCAAUUUUGGCUCUCAAAGCCAGACAGGAACAGGGCGUGGUUUGGUAAAGAAAAAGGAAUCGUGGGCGUCAUCACACAGAAGAAAUGAAUGACCUAUGAACAUGCUGAAGCACUUAUGUCUCUUACAAGAACAGAAGUCUGCUCCCAAAAUCUGCGAACAGGAGUUCCUGUUUUGUAAUUGCUAGAAUGUCGUCAUCAGUUCUUUUGCAAAGACUCGAGGCAACAUUCAUAAAAAUAUUUAUACUUUGUAUUGUAAUUUUAUUAAGAGAUUGAGAAAGAAUUAUACUUCAAAUGGGGCAUCCAUUCAAGAAGAUCUGUCCUGAAAACCGACUAGCUUUCUUAUGAAAAAUAUAUUUUUGUAUUACAACUUACUCACAUAACCUAUAGUAUUUGAUGAGUCAGUCUGAUAGAUAAACAGGACGGUUGUAUAGUAUAUUGCAUUCACUGUGUUUAUUUUUUAAUCUGAGAUGUUUCAAGUUUGGAUAAGACGAUUCCUACUUUGUGUGUGUGUGAAAUUCUAUUUGUAUCUUUUUAAAAAGACAAUUUGUACUUUUUAUAUGUUUUUGACUAUUUUAUAUGGAGAAAAAAAUGUUUAUGGUAUACUGAUUGUUAAAAAUGAUUGUCCCUGAUGUUUUUCCACCAAAUAUAUGAACAAAUAAAU